GAGCGUCUUAGCUCCGCCUACAAACUUCGCCAAAGCAUUUUUUUGACCUCUUCUACGGAUGCAGCGCGUCAGUUGGUUGCUAAGAUACCGGCGAGCUGAUACUACUACUACUACUGAUCGGCGGCACGAACACUUACUUGCUUCACGUUUUCAGAUCAAUUUGACAUAGCUGAAUACAGCCAGAAGCUGGAAGUACAAUGUCUGAUGCAGAAUCUGGUGCCAUCUCCUCUCAAGUGCAGCCAAAAUCUAUGACUCGUGCAAAGCAAUGGUCCUGUGAGAUCGAAAACCUGUACAGAUUCCAAACAGCUGGAUAUAGAGACGAAGUGGAGUACAGGCAUAUAAAACAAGUGGAUAUGGUGGAUCGCUGGCCAGACUCUGGAUAUGUUAAAAAGUUGCAAAGGAAAGACAAUACAUUUUACUACUACAACAAGAGCAGAGAAUGUGAAGAUAAAGAAGUCCAUAAAGUCAAAGUGUAUGCCUACUAAAUAAAUGUCCACACAGUUUCCUGA